GACUGCACGCAAGGCGAUCCACCUGACGUGCAAUGUGCUAUGGGAGGUGCUGUCCCCUGUGUACAUGAAGCCUCCAACAGAGGGAGAAUGGAGGGACAUCGCCUCAGGAUUUGGCAGUCGCUGGCAGUUCCCGAAUUGCCUGGGUGCUGUGGACGGCAAGCACGUGAGGAUUAGAUGUCCAAGAAAGGCUGGGAGCCUGUACUUCAACUAUAAGGGCACCCACUCCAUUGUCCUCAUGGCUGUGGCAGACAGCCAGUACCUGUUUCGCCUUAUUGAUGUGGGCGCACCUGGGAGGUUUAGUGAUGGUGGAAUUUUCAAGGAUUCCCCCAUUGGCAAACGACUGCACGAGGGCAAGCUCAAUCUGCCUCGGGCAGCUAAGCUACCAGGCUCCGAGAGAAUUUGCCCUCAUGUGUUUGUUGGCGAUGAAGCCUUCCAGCUGCGCCCCGACUUCAUGCGGCCACUACCAGGCACCCGGACUAAAGCUGAGGAGAUCAUCUUCAACUACCGCCUCAGUCGUGCCAGACGAUGUAUAGAGAACGCCUUCGGGAUUCUCGUUUCCCGCUGGCGGAUAUACGAGAGGCAGAUGAACCUGCAGCCGGAAAAUGUGGAGAGUGUUGUGAAGGCAACCUGCGUACUUCACAACUUCUUAUCUGUAACGUCCAGCGCUUCAGCGACCUACUGCCCACCUGGAUAUGGAGACUGCCAGGACAUGUUCGGGUGUGUCCGUGACGGCACUUGGCGACAAGAGGCGGCAACUGCUGCUGUGUUCGGUUUGCAGGGAGCAAAGGCCCGCAACUGCACGAAUGCUGCUAAUUCGGUGCGCAAGCAGUUCAUCGAGUACUUCAAGGAUGAAGGGCAGGUGUCUUGGCAGUGGAACCUGCCAGGGGUGACAAGCUUGUAGGAUGGUGUAGACCUGGCCGCCUCAAGGCCAAGAACACGUGCUGCUGGACUCCAUGAAGAACCCAACAGCCCUCUUCAGGGCUACCUACUUAAUGCUUUGGCAGCGAGCCGCUGGAUUUACGAUAUUCUGUUCUGUGGCCCUUCUGUGUAUUUCAUUUCGUAUUGCUUAUUUCUGGAAUGCAGUGAUAUCGGUUAGGUGAACGAGUGCAAUUCAGUGUAGUUGUGUUAAAAGAUCAUUCAAGGAAGACAGGCAUUAUGAAGGUGGAACUAAAUUUUUUACUUGCGUUAUUUAGGUGUCUCGCAUCAUCGCAACAGUGACAAGUAUCUGAAAUUCGUUUAUUGGCCCGAACGCAUUACAAAACUUGCCUGAAUUUGACAUGGUAAACAGGAAGCACUAUAGUCGUAAAUGACAAAGACAAUGGUGUUCACAAGGUCCUGUGCAAGGAAACAAAAGUAAUCAAUGCAGUGGUAACCUAAAAAGUAAGUGGGGUGGUCUGCUGGUCAAGUUGGUGCGUUGUGAAAGUGUGAUGGUUCCAGUAACACAAAAAAUAUGGCAGCACAAGUACAAGGAACAAAGAUUUAAAUCAAACAAUAUGCCCCCAAUACCUGCCACGCAGGUGGUCAACAUGGUAUCUUUAGUGCCUUGUUUAAACACACAAUCCUUUAUCGGUGAGUUGGACCAAAAACUAGUUAGGAAGGGUAAACUAGAAAUAUUUUCCAAAUACCACAGGAAUGGCCUUAAUAUUGCACAACAGUGCAUAUAUACAGCAAACCAUUACGGUCUACUUAAUAAGGCCUAGUUCACAUUAUCACAGCAUUACCAAAUUGGGAGAUGCAGUUCACGUGUACGAAGAAACAGGCGAGGCAAGGAAACAACACAGUAAUGGCCUUGCUAUUGCACGAAAGUGUAUAUAUAAAGCACACCAUUACAGUGUACUUAAUAAGCCCUAGUUCACAUUAUCACAGCAUUGCCAAAGUGAGAGAUCCAAUGACCGUAAUACUGCACAACAGUGCAUAUAUACAGCAAACCAUUACGGUCUACUUAAUAAGGCCUAGUUCACAUUAUCACAGCAUUACCAAAUUGGGAGAUGCAGUUCACGUGUACGAAGAAACAGGCGAGGCAAGGAAACAACACAGUAAUGGCCUUGCUAUUGCACGAAAGUGUAUAUAUAAAGCACACCAUUACAGUGUACUUAAUAAGCCCUAGUUCACAUUAUCACAGCAUUGCCAAAGUGAGAGAUCCAAUGACCGUAAUACUGCACAACAGUGCAUAUAUACAGCAAACCAUUACGGUCUACUUAAUAAGGCCUUGUUCACAUUAUCACAGCAUUACCAAAUUGACAGAUGCACUUUGCCUGCAUGAAAAUACAGGGAAGGCACGCAAACAUACAAAAUUUGAAUGACAGGUAAUUCCACAACAUUGCAUACCACCAGAAGAAUCCAGUGUUAUGAAACAAGUUUGGUCACAGCAGUAAAACAUGACAACAAACCUUUUCAGUGUGGAUUUUCUCCACUGAUUGGGUGACUAGUUCAAUAAAUAGUAACGCUUGAAAAUAAUUUAUCAACUCUUCCCAGGUAACAACAGUUGAAUGAAAAAUAUAUAGAUAUAUAUAUCGCAACUUGCUGUAGUGACUUAGUGGUCGUGGAGUUGUGUUGCUAAGCAUGCUGUUGCGGUUUCGAUUACCGUUUGCACUGGCCGCAUGUUAUAAGGGGGGUGGAACGCAAAAACUUUGUGCACUUGGAUUUAGGUACAUGUUAAAGAACCCGAGGCUGAGAAAACUGAAAAAAACUGAAAAUUGUGUACUAAAAAGGAUACUUUCCUUGCCUAAACACUGAAGUAUGCAAUGAAAAAGAAAACAUUAAAUUAAAUUUCAAGCGCUAUUAGUGUACUUAUUAACAUCUCGCAGCAUCUCCAUCUGCAUUUCGUCACGCAGCCUCAGAGGUACACGCUUCAUUUUUUCUCCCAGAAAUGCGGCAAAGUGAUCAAUUUCAUCAUACUCCUUCUCCAGAAUUUUGAUGAUGUUGUCAAUUUGCUCAUCGUAUUUAUCUUUCUUCCUUUUCUUUUUUGGUGGCUGCGGCUCCGGCACUUCGACACACACGUCAACAAGGCUCGCUGCCUCUGUUCGGUCACAUGCACUGGCCUCGUCAUUACCCUCGUCCUGGUACAUCGCCGUAAAAAUUUCUUGAGCCGACUCGACGUGGCCAUUUGCACUGGCACUUUGCCAUUCAUCUGCUGGUGGAGCCGUGAGGUUCCCCGAUGUCCUGGAGAAAACAAUGUUGCAUGUUUUAAGUUAGGUCUACUAAGCACUGCUUUCAUCAGAAAAAGCUCAAUUGUCAU